AUGUCCGAUACGGACUCUACCCAAGAAUCCACCUCAGUCACACCUUAUCGCCAAACAGACUCUCAUGGUAUCUGCGACUACGAAUUCCACCCUACGGCAACUUUAGAUGCACCACUUAAGAAAUUCACCUCCCAACCACAGCGGUUACCCAACCUUGUAUCAGAAGAGCCAGACACAAAUUUAGAAGUACAGAAGGUCUAUGCCUUCUUGGAUCAAGUAGGGAUACCUGCGGACGGAUUCACCGAAGGAUGGGAUUGUACAGAAGAUAGCAAACGGAUCUCAGCCCAGUUCGUGGGCUAUCAAAACCAACGAUCGAAGGACCAACAAAGCACAGAUGUCUCCGAACCUCAACUACACGUAUUGCGAGACGCAGAUCGAUAUGGUUUCUUCAGUCGCUCCAAACCAAAAGCCCUCGUACAAUUACAGUCUGCUUCGUUUUUCCCUUCUACUUCUGCUUUUACUUACUCUUCCUCACCCGAUCCAAUGACCCCAGAAACAAGAGAAGAGCCAGAAGUGGACAAUCAAAUCGAAUCAAGGAGGAUCUCAAAAUGGAGUGCAAUGCUUGAAGGCGAUGUACGAGAUGGAGGAUCAAAUAUUCUUUCUUUCAGACUGUCAAAUUAUUGGAAUUCACACAGGGAAAAGUUCAUAAAACGUUGUUAUAAAGGUAUCCCAGAUCGUUGGAGAAGAGGUGGUUGGGAUUUGUUGAUCAGAGAGUUUGGAGACAAAAUUGGUUGGGAUAAGGGACAAAGUGCCGACAGACUAUAUGAGAGGUAUGCUGAGGCUUCGAUGAUUUCCAGUGACCAUGAUGUUCAAAUUGAUUUGGAUGUACGACGAACUGUCGAUGGGCAUAUCUUUUGCUAUACACCUUAUGGUCAAGAUCAACGGGCUUUAUUCCAAGUACUUCAUGCUUUCGCAUCGUACUGCGAAACCUGUGGAUAUUGUCGAGAAAUGGGACCGAUUGCAGCAACGCUAUUGAACUAUUUUGAUGUCGAGAUGGCGUAUCUAUGUAUGGUCAGAUUACAUGAUUGGUACAAUUUUCACGAAAUCUUUGCUGCUGGAUUUCCUGGGCUAGCAGAAUCUUUUUACAUCCAGGAAAGAUUGAUUGAAUAUCUCUUGCCAGACGUUUAUCAGACUUUUGUCCAACAAAAGAUCAAAUCUUCGUCAUACGCUACUAAAUGGUAUCUGACGCUUUUCACCGGAACUGUUCCUUUCCAAGCUCAACUGAGACUGUGGGACGUUUUCUUUCUGCGUGGAAUGGACGUCUUGAUCUUGGCAUCAGUCUCAAUAAUCUAUGCUCUCCGGAAUGAGAUAGGUCCUGGUAAUACCCGAGAAACGAUACAGACCAAAUUAAGCUUCGGGUUUGGAUUAGAGUCUAAAUCUAUAUCACUAUGGAUUAGAUCCAUUAGGAAAUUGGCGGAAAGAAAAGAUGUUAGAAAAUUGGUCAAAGCUUCGAGACUCGAAUGGAAUGCUGGAACAGAUAGAAAAUCUUUGAAGAGAUAA